UACUGCGUUGGAGCAGCGUGUGCAGGUGUGUUCUCACCUGGGUGGAGAUGGACAGAAACACACCCAGAUUUACACACUGACUCAGAGAGGGAAACAGUCACUGCACAUACUCAGUCAUAAACUCACAUACACAGAGAAACACAGGCAGCAUAUCUACCAGCUUUAACAGAAGGAUGACGGAGAAAGUUCUGGACGAAUUUAAAGGCAUCUGCUACAAGCCUGGUCUGCAGAUAUGGACCAUCAAUAAUAUGAAGAUGGUUCCUGUGCCAGAGGUGGCCUUUGGAAACUUCUUCGAGGGAGAUUGCUAUAUUGUCCUGCAUGGCAGUUGUGACACCUCGCAGUCCAUGAACAUCCACUACUGGAUAGGCACACACUCCUCCCAGGACGAACAGGGUGCGGCUGCCAUCUAUGUCACCCAGCUGGACGAGUAUCUGGGUGGCAGCCCAGUGCAGCACCGCGAAGUGCAGGGAUACGAGUCUCCCAAGUUCAAGGGCUACUUCAAAAGUGGCCUCAUAUACAAGAAAGGAGGUGUGGCCUCGGGGUUCAAGCACGUUGACACCAAUGUGUACAACAUCCUCCGUCUGCUGCAUGUCAAAGGCAGCAAGAAUGUCACGGCCAGGGAGGUGGAGGUAUCCUGGAAGAGUUUUAACACCGGGGACGUCUUCCUGUUGGACAUGGGCAAAGCUAUUGUGCAGUGGAAUAGUCCUCAGAGCAACAGGAAAGAGAAAUUAAAGGCCUGCAUGUUAGCACAGGACAUCAGAGACAGAGAGCGUGGGGGAAGAGUGCAGAUUGGAGUAGUUGAGGGCGACUGCGAAGAGGCAACCCCUGAGCUCAUGAAGGUCAUGAACUCUGUGCUGGGUCAGAGGACAGGCCCACUCAGAGAAGCUGUCCCUGAUGACAUUCCCGACCAGUACCAGACUGCUAACAUCAAACUUUACCAAGUAUCUGAUGCCAGUGGUCAGCUGGUGGUGCAGGAAGUGGCUUCCAGCCCACUGACGCAGAGCCUGCUACAUUCAGAGGACUGCUACAUUGUAGAUGUAGGAGGGGUGUCUGUGUCAGUUUGGAAAGGAAAGAGAGCUACUAAUGAGGAAAGGCGUGCAGCCCUUGAACGGGCAGUGGGCUUUAUCAAGGCCAAGAACUACCCCCCGACCACGCCAGUAGAAGUGAUGAGUGAUGGUGCUGAGUCUGCCAUGUUUAAACAGCUCUUCAAGUCCUGGAAUGAGCCAGGUCAAACCCGAGGCCUGGGGUCCACCUACACCAGGGGCAGGAUAGCAAAGGUGGACCGUGUGAAGUUUGAUGUCAUGGAACUCCAUGCAGAGCCUAAACUGGCAGCACAGCAGCGGAUGGUAGAUGAUGCUUCUGGGGAAGUGCAGAUCUGGCGAAUAGAGAACCUGGAGCUUCAGGAGGUGCCACGCAGUACGUACGGGCAGUUCUAUGGAGGAGACUGUUACCUCGUGCUGUACACCUACCAGAAGGCCACCAAGCCCCAGUACAUCCUCUAUAUGUGGCUGGGUCGCCAUGCCACCCAGGAUGAGAUAACUGCUUGUGCAUACCAGGCAGUGAAUGUGGAUAACAGGUACAAUGGCGCUCCGGUUCAGGUCAGGGUUACCAUGGGAAAGGAACCUCGUCACUUCCUGGCCAUCUUUAAGGGCAGGCUCAUUAUCUAUGAGGGUGGCACAGGCAAGCCAGGCGUCGUGAGCCCCGAUUCGGCGGCCAGGCUCUUCCAGGUGAGAGGGACCAACGAGGCUAACACCAAGGCUACGGAGGUUCCCGCCAGGGCUUCCUCACUCAACUCCAAUGACGUGUUCCUGCUCAAGACCGGUGACCUGACGUACAUGUGGUACGGUAAGGGUUGCAGUGGCGAUGAGCGUGAAAUGGGAAAGACUGUAGCUGAUGUGCUCUCCAAGCAGGAGAAGCAGAUAGUUAUGGAGGGCCAGGAGCCUCCUCAUUUCUGGGUGGCUCUGGGUGGGAAAGCACCGUACGCCAACGACAAGAGGCUCGAAAAGGAGACAGCCCUGCACAGUCCCCGCCUCUUUGAGUGCUCCAAUCAGACGGGCCAGUUCCGCAUGACCGAGGUGGCCCAUUUCACUCAGGAUGACCUGGACGAAGAUGACGUCAUGCUGUUGGACACCUGGGAGGAGCUCUUCCUGUGGAUUGGCAACUCAGCCAACCAGUACGAGAUUCAGGAGACAUACAGCAGUGCUGCAGAGUACCUGAAGACACACCCAGCGGGGCGGGACGCUGACACGCCAAUCAUCACAGUUAAACAGGGCGUUGAGCCGCCUACCUUCACAGGAUGGUUUGACGCCUGGGACCCUCACAAAUGGAGUGGAGGCCUAUCGUAUGAGGAGAUGAAGAAUAAAUUGGGUGACUCAGCAUCUGUUUCACAGAUCACUGUGAAUCUGAAUGAUGCAGCCUUGAGCAGGAAGUCACUAGGUGGGGAUGCGAUCAACACUGCCCCGGGAGGACCCUUCAACAACAGCUCUGCUCAGAACUACAAAUCCCAGAGUGCCCUGGCUCCCUCCUACAGCCCCAGCUGUACAAGGCCUGGCACGCUGGGUCCCGAGGUGUUGCGCAGCAGGCCUCCGAGUGAGCUGCCCCUGGGGGCAGAUCCCGACAAACGUGAGGAAUAUUUGUCGGAUGCGGACUUUGAGAGUCUCCUCGGCUGCUCCAGAAAAGACUUCCAGCGCUUGCCGAAAUGGCGCCAGAGUGACCUCAAAAAGAAGGCGGGGCUUUUCUGAGAAAAAGAAGCAUCUUUCUCCUAAUGGGGUUAAAGGGCUAUAUACAGCUCUUAGGGGGAAAAAGAGAAAAUCUGCUCUCUACAUGUAUGGCAGCCACUCCAUUCCAGUGUCUGUUGUACUCCUUCAUAGAUGCACCUCAUUCUACUUAAUGUACUGAUUAGGUACUGAACCAAAUCUUAUUUAAUAAACAUUGUGAAAAACUUGUAGAGAGCAAGAAAAGACACAUUAAUCUGGCUGUGAUUGAAAAUACACCAAAGAUUGAUUUAUGAACUCUUCCUAAGUUUAUUUUAUUUUAACCAGUUCUCAUUUUCUGUGAAUAAAUGGUGUCAAUGUGGCUUUUCUAAAUCUAUGUAGUUUUUUUUUUCUUUUUUUUUUUUCUAAAUCAAUAUAAUUUUCUAUCUUUGGUCAAAUGCUUUUUAUAAGCACUGUAAUAACUAAGAUAUUUAUGUAAAAUAUAUGUUUGCUGUGCUGGUUUUGCUGUGCAGUUAGAGAUGAGAAGGACCUGCUACACAGAGGCUAGAAGGUCUGCUUAUAUUGCUCAAGUUCAAGAGAGACUGUUAAUUGAA